AUAUUUAUUAUAUUUUCAGGACAUUAUGCAGGUAUUAGAGAAAGAAAGAGAAAGGAGAUGGAAAGCUGAAGCUGCAGCCAAACGUCUUGUUGAACACAUUCAGUCACUGACAAAUAAAGCAAAAGAUGAAGGGGAUAUGAAAGAUUUGGCAAUAGAUGCUACAUCUAGAUUGAAACAGGCCGUAAUGAAUGAGCGGGAAAUUAAACUUAACUUGCAGAAUGAGAACGAUAGACUAAAGGAACAGCUUCAGGAGGCUGUAGAACAUUUAUCCAAGAGCAGACGUAUCCAAGAGGAGCAGACUAAAGCCAUCAGACAAAUGGAGGAAAUGGCAUCCAAAGAGGAAAGAGAAAAAAUGAAGCAACAGACACAUGAUCAUAAAAAGCUGCAAGAAGCACUGAUGCGUGGUGCAGCACUUAGCAGAGAGGUUGACUUACUAAAGAGCUCUUGUGACAGCCAGAAAACACAGAUUAAUUCUCUCCAAAGUCUCCUGGCCUCAAGAGAACAAGAACAUAGGGAAGAAUUAAAGAGUAGAUACAGUCUAGGAAGUAAAGAGAUGCAGACUGCUGUACAAGAGGAAGUAAAGAGGAAUGAGAGAGAAUAUCAUCAACAAAUGAAACAACAGCAAGAGAAGUAA